AUGCUGUGCCCAUGGUUUGUGCCCACAGCAAUUUGGUUGCUGGUGCACCUCAGAGCAGAAGCGUGCAGCCAAGGCAACGUGCCUGCCAGCCACCCUCCCCACAGCGCUGCAGAGAUCUGUGUCAGAGGCACCAUGACCACUAACACCUCUUCUGCUGUCCAGCCCGGCACCAGCAUCACCCUCUCGUGCCAUCUGCACCACCCUCAGCCCUGCAGGACAGUUAUUUUCUCAAACACAUCCGAGCUAAUCAGCAAUUAUGGCAGCUCAGUGAGCACCACAUUUGUUGUCCAUAGCUAUGGCACACACACCUUUACGUGCAAAAGGAUCUGCCCCCACGAGACAAAACUCAUCUGUGGCAUCGAUAUAGAAUCUGGAAAUCCUCCAGAUGAGCCCCGGAACGUGUCGUGUGUGCAGCAGGGGCUGGAGGGUCACCCCACCUGCAGCUGGGACAAGGGCCGGCUCACCCACAUCACCACUGCCUACGCCAUCCAGCUCUCCAACGGCACCGACGUGUCCUGUGUGGCACAGCAAGGCCCCGAGGAGGCGCCUGACUCGCUGGCUCUGAGCAGGUUGAGGUUGGACUCUGCUUACACCGUCGUGGUUUCUGCCUCCAACAAGCUGGGCAGUGCUUUCUCACAGCCUCUCAGCUUCACCUUAAUGGACAUAGUGAAGCCACAUCCACCCAACUUCUCAGUGGAGUUUGGAAAUCCUUCUGGGACCACUUGCACGUUCCUGUGGCACGAGGAAGCGCAGCAGCACAGGCUGAGAUACCGUCCCCUCGGCAGGCACCCCUGGAGCACGGUUGAAAGCUUAAACAGUGACAGGUUGAGUCUCUAUGGCCUGGAGCCUGACACAGACUAUGAGUUUCAGGUCAGCUGUAAACUUCACCCUGAGCGAGGGCUGUGGAGCGACUGGAGCGCCAAGCAGAGCCACAGCCCCGAAGCAGCACCGACGGGGCUCCUGGACAUCUGGUACCGACAGCAGGACCUGGACUCUCACCAGCAGAACAUCUCUCUCUUUUGGAAGGCUCUGAGCAAGGCUGAGGCAGGGGGCAAGAUCCUGCGGUACUCGGUGACCUUCGAAGCGCUGGCCCCAGGGAGCCCCCUGGCAGAAGAGGCACAGACCACCCACACCAGCCACCUCCACCUCAGCUGGCUCACACCGAGGCAGGGCUACAGGGUCACAGUCACUGCUGAGAACUCCAGGGGCAGCUCCCCCCCUGCAUCCAUCAUCACCAGCCUGGGCACCCAGGAUCUACCUCCUCCUCAGAAGGUCUCUGCCGUGGCCAUGGGAAACAGCAGCAUCUUUGUCAGCUGGAGCCCCCCCGUCAGACCCACGUCGUCCCUCAGUGGGUACGUGGUGCAGUGGGCAGAGGCACAGAGGGACCCGCAGCCACAGCCCUCCUGGGUGAAGCUGCCCCCAUCCAGCCUGUCCACAGCCAUUGCAGAGCACAUAAAGGAUAACGUGUGCUACCAGAUCAACGUGUCCGCACUCUACCGUGGCAGAGCUGGCCAAGAGGCAUCAGUCAGGGGCUACUCAGCAGCAGAAGCACCCUCAGCUGGGCCCCAGGCGUACGCAACCCCCCGGGCAGACGGCGUGGCGGUCUCCUGGGAAGCAAUCCCUGCCCAGCAGCAGCGGGGCUGCAUCACAGGGUACCACAUCUACCUGCAGAGCCAGGACGGGCAGGCAGCCCCACACGCCUACGGUGCUGGGGACUGGAUGACUGUUGUGCUUACCUGCAGCUUCUUCAUCGUCUCAGCCUGCAUUUGUUCGGUGCCUCCGUCGAGAAAAGCGUUGCACUCGCUGCUCUCGGCGCUGGUGCCGCAGUGGCAGAGCAAAGCCAUCCCAGACCCGGCUAAUGCUGCCUGGGCCAAGAACUACCUGGCUAAGAAGGCUGAGCUGAGCCUGUCCUCCAGCCUGUUCCUGCACGGCCCCGGCGGCUUCGAGGAGCCCGAAACGACGCGGGUGGAGGAGGCGCCGGGAAAGGCUGAGGCGCCGCAGGACAAGCUCCGGGGUAACGGUGUCUGGGCCCUGGAGAGCAGCCUGGGGCAGGAGGAGCCGGGGUACCAGGCUCUGCCCAGCACCUCCUCCCGGGACGGGGAGCUUCCCGAGCAGCAGCUGCCCCACCUCUACAAGAGGAUGGUGGCGGAGGUGCCGGAGCAGAGGCAGAGCGAGGCCAGCGCUGCGCCCCACAGCAGCACCGUGCCCCACAGCAGCACCGUGCCCCACAGCAGCAGCCCAUACCUGCCCCUGGGCACAGGCCCUGCCCCCCAGCAGCCUCAGCUCGAGUGCCAGCUGCUCACCCUCUUCCCAACGACUUUCUUGGCGCCGGUGUUGUCCUACGAAGGGAACCUUACUCUGGAUAGGGUGAAAAUAAAGUGCAGCUCUUCCACGGGAGAUGCUCAGGGCCACACGAGCCUGGCCUGA